AUGUCGCGAGCAGCCAAGGCAACCCUUUUCGCCUCCCUCUUCGUGUCAACCCUCACAAUAUGGGCUGUUCAUUACCAGCAGGAACAGGAGCACGAGACUAUGUAUAAGGGCGUUUUAAGAGACGAUGAGCGGCGAAAGCAGAAAAUGAAGAAGAGACAGGAAGAGUUAGAGGACUCACAACGGAAGCGGGAGAUCUAUGAGAGGGUGCAGCGUGUUGGGUUGACCGAAGGAUCUUUGAACUCAAAUCCAACGGUGUAG